AUGACGACCACCGAAGAUGAAUUCCAAGUACUCGUCGGCGUCUUCGCUUCCAGAGGAAACAAGGUCCUAGAAAUCGAGAUUAUCCCAUCAAGUCACGGCGCACCAUUUCUACAGGAUGGAUUAUCGAUCGGAGUCACCAAGAAGGCACUGGCUUCUGCUUUGGUAGUCGCCCGAAGGCUUUUCUUCACACGCCUUCUGCCAAUGUCAGAAGAUGACCUCUACGCCGACGUGAUCAAAAGGGAGCCCGAGACGACAAGUGCCUCGAACCAUAUAAUCACAGAGAUUAUGCUCCUUUUCGACUGUGAGCAUCUCACGGCGUGCAACUGGCGCAAGCGAUGGCUGCAGGCGGCUAUCAUGCAUUGCGAGCGCAAUUUCCUCGAUGAAAUGUUUAAUAAGGAGCUCUCGCUUCUGCAAACAUACCAAUGCUCGCCGCUACAUCGACAUACCAAGUCACCGACUCUGUGGUCUCACCGAUUGUGGGUGCUAAAUGCCAUGGUAGGCCUCCAGAAGCCUGCUCCACCGGCUCUUGGGAAACUCGGACGAGCAGAGCUGGACAUUGUUCUCCGCGCUGGAGAGCUGCACCCGAAGAAUUAUUAUGCGUUUACUUAUAUGCGAAACCUCCAUCUCUUUCUCGUUGAUGUUGCCAAGGCACAUGGGACCCCGGUUCCAAGCUCUAUAGCUGAAGCAAUGCUUGAGCCCACGCUGAACUGGUGUUUAUCUAAUCCGCGCGAUAUCUCCGGGUGGAUGUUUGAAAAGUACCUGCUUGAAUAUUGUCCUGAUUUAAGUACUCGUGCUGGAAUUGUUCGCCGGGUCCUCCGGUUUGCACUGGAUGUUCGGUGGGAAGGGGAGAGUUUAUGGACGUUUAUCGACCAGACGACGAAACGGUUUGAUCUGGAGCAGAUCGUGGAGGAGGCUCUUAAGAGAGCCCCAGCUCAGAUGGAAUCUGAUUCUCCACAGGAUCGACAGAAGCCGUGGCAGAAGCGCUUGGACAGGGCUCGGGCGUACUGGACUAUGCCUGGAGGGCCGGAGCAUUCCCAACAACCAGUCUAA